AUGCAACGAUUGGAAAAAGAGAGGCAAAUAGUUGGAAAUAAAAGCUGACGGAGAACAGAGAGAGAGGAGAGAGAGAAUGAGCGGAGUAGGGAAGACGGUGUGUGUGACGGGAGCGUCCGGGUACAUAGCUUCGUGGCUUGUCAACUUGUUGCUCCAACGUGGUUAUACUGUCAAAGCCUCUGUUCGCGACCCUUCUGAUCCAAAGAAGACAGAGCACUUGCUUGCACUUGAGGGAGCCAAAGAGAGACUUCACUUGACUAAAGCAAACCUACUGGAAGAAGGUUGCUUUGACUCUCUGGUUGAUGGGUGUGAAGGUGUUUUCCAUACAGCAUCUCCUUGUUAUCAUGAUGUCAAGGACCCCCAGGUGGAAUUAAUUGAUCCCGCAUUGAAGGGAACACUUAAUGUUCUUGGCUCAUGUGCAAAAAACCCAUCUGUGAAAAGAGUAGUGUUGACAUCUUCUGAAGCUGCCAUUGCUUUCAAUGGUAGGCCUCGAUCUCCUGACGUCGUAGUUGAUGAGAGUUGGUUUUCUGAUCCAGAGUUCUGCAAGCAAAAUAAGCUUUGGUAUGCGCUGUCAAAGACUUUAGCAGAGGAUGCUGCCUGGAAGUUUACAAAAGAAAAGGGUAUCGACAUGGUUACAAUUAACCCAGCAACGGUUAUCGGUCCUCUCUUGCAGCCAACGCUCAAUACAAGUGCUGCUAGAAUUUUGAACUUAAUAAAUGGUUCACAAACAUUUCCAAAUUCUACAUUUGGAUGGGUUAAUGUUAAAGAUGUUGCCAAUGCACAUAUUCAAGCAUUUGAGAUUCCUUCAGCUAAUGGAAGAUUUUAUGUGGCUGAGGGCGUUGCACACCUCUCUGAAGUUGUGAAGAUACUGCAAGAGCUGUUUCCUGCUUUUCAACUUCCAGAAAAGUGCGCUGAUGACAAGCCAUUUACACCAACUUACCAGGUGUCUAAGGAAAGAACAAAAAGCUUAGGUAUUGAGUUAAUUCCCCUCAAGCAGAGCAUCAAGGAAACAGUUGAAAGCUUGAAGGAGAAGAAACUUUUCACUUGGUGAGUUGUGGCAGCCAUAUCGGAUAAAAUGAGGUUUGAGCCACAGCAUUGUUUGUGGCAUUCCUCCGUGUGCGUCUCCAUUUUGUUUCUCCCAACAUCGUUUGGGGCAUUCCUCUGAGUUGUGGCAGUCAUAUCGGAUAAAAAUAAGUAUGCAUAUUGUUUUCAAAUAUUUACCCAAAUUGUGGAACCACUUUUUGAUACUGCUAUCAGUUGAAAAUUGGAAACCUUGUAAUUAGUAUUAACUGCUGCAAUACAGACCUGUUCUGUCUGGGGCUGUAGGUCCAUUGGGGAUCUCACUCCAAUGGUCCAUACUGUUUAUCUAUUAGGUACCCUUUUUCUAUUAGUUCCUUGUGCUUGUGAAUAGAUUAUUCAUAAAUAAAAAAAAUAUUAGAUUGAUCUGAUAA